AUGUCCCCCUCCUCUUCCCUCCCGCUCCCCGUUAUAUACUCCUCCGAUCCCUCCCCACGCUUCUCUCCCAGCCCUUCCUUCGCGUCACUCGUCGACAUCAUUCACCCGCGCAAAAGCCGUCAGCGCACGACGUUCCUGGCCCUUUUCGCACUCAUCAUCCUCUCCCUCUACAUCUUUCUCGUCGCACAACCGUCCCUGAUCGCCCCCAUCGCCCUCAAGCAAUCAGACGAGAACAAUGCCCCGUGGAGGCACGUCGCGAACAGCUAUGUCAUGAAGCAUCGAAAGGCCGCGGCGCAGGUCGUCAGCCAGCGUCCCCAAGUCUCCUUAGACACUCCCCAGGAGCUUGCAGCCGUCACCAGCUUCAUGGCAGCCUUGCCACAAAACGUCAUUCCCAUCACCGUUGAUCCCUCCCUUCCCAUCGACCCACAGCUCGUCCUGGACUUUGACACCCGUAGUCCCAGAGCACCUGCCGAGGUCGCAGAGGUGGUGAACGAUGUCUGGACGCGAAACCCCGUUGUUCUAUUUUCAAAGCUUCACUCCCCAGUUUCACGCGAGAUUAAGCAUCUCAUUUACGACAUGAAGUUACGCCCCUCACCCACGGUUUUCGAGGUCGAUCAGCGAGCUCACGCCCUUUGCCCUCGCGAAGCCGACGCGGAUGUCGUCGUUCCCCUGCUCUACCGUCUGACAUCCUCGAGCGCUCUGCCGAUCCUCCUCGUCGGUGGCAAGCCAGUAGGCUCCAUCGAGGAUAUUCGCGCUCUCAGUGAAAACGGCGAACUGCGACGCAUGGUCGCCGAAUCAGGCGCUGUGAUUGACGGCGCUCAGAAGAAGAAGAAGGGCCGCCGGUAA